GGUGUUGUGUGUGAUUCAGGGGAAACUUACAAGGAUUCAUAAAGUUCCUCUUUAAAUCUAGUCAAAGAGGAAAAUGUUCCAUUACUGAUAAGACCCACUCUCAUACACACACACACACACACACACACACACACAGCUUAUUAAAUAUGUUCUUCAUCACGACUGCUGUGUUCGGGUGUUUGUGUUGGAGUGUGAGGGCGGCGCUAGUGCCCACCGUCCCAGACCGUGUGCUGGCCGUGCAGGGCUCAUGCACUCUGAUCCCCUGCUCGUUUCCAUCUGUGAACCGGUCCGAUGUGGGCGUGGCCGUCCGACUGACGUACCGCGUUCACUCAUGGCAACGUCAAACGGCCUUCAGCAGCGACCAGGCAGACAAAACUGAGAGCAAAUUCCGAGGGCGGGUCACCCUGAGAGGAGCUCUGAGUACGGGAGACUGCUCCCUGAUCAUCACGGACGUCAGCGCCAGCGACCCGGGAAAGUACGAGCUCGAGCUGAAGGAGCGCAGAGGGUCAUGGGGCGGAGCCAAGAGCAUCACGGUUUCUGUCAUGGAUGUCCCAGAGCGGCCGGUGCUGAGUGUCCCCCCGGUGGUGGUGUUGGCGCAGACGGUCGUCCUGAACUGCUCGGUGAGGAUCUUCUGCCCCUUAAAACCCCCGCGCCUGGUCUGGGUGUGGGAGAAGGGGGGUGAAAAGGGGGCAGAAGAGAACAGAAGAACAGAGCGGAUCCAGACCGAGGGUGAGACGUCCAUACUCAUCUCGUCUCUGUCCUUCACACCGUCUGAGCUGCUGAAGCCGCAGAUCAGGUGUGAUGCCCAUUACCAUGGUAACAGGAGGAGCAGGAGCAGCAGCAGCAACUUAAAUAUCCACUUCCCCCCCAUGGACGUGUCGAUUGAGGUCCACACAGUGCAGGUGAGGGAGGGGGGCAAUGUUCAGCUUGUGUGUGUGUGUAAAGCUGAUCCCCCUGUCAUAGAGUACAGGUGGUCUUACACACACUCGAGUGGCAUGUUGCCCCUCCCCCAUCACACACACUCCGUCCGCUUAUACAAUGUUACACGAAACACACGUGUGCAGUGCACUGCACGCAACAUUCUGGGACACACAUCAUCUCCACUCACUCGUCUCAAUGUGCAGUAUCCCCCUGUGAUCAUGCAGAAUGGAUCUGUGUGUGUGUGGGAUGGUCAAGUGCAGGAGUGUGUGUGUGCAGUGGACUCUAACCCACGUCCUCUCAUCACCUGGAGUGUAAAUGGCAGCACCCCCCCCCUCAGCUUCAACACCACAUCCUCACACACACGCCACACUCUGCAGGAGACGCUGCGUGGACAUACACACACCCCGCUACACACCACCUGCUACGCCUUCAACAGUCUCGGCAACGACACACACACACUCCAGCUUCAGACAGAAGACAACCUUGUGCAGGAUCUGAUCUCAGUGGGGUUCUGUGUUCUGCUCCUUGUCCUCCUCUCCAUCACAGUCCCUCUGUUUGUAUGUUUGUGUCGUCGCAGGACUGAAAGGAGGAGACGGGGGAUGGGCUGUACCCCUGCUUUGUACCCCAGCGCUGCGGGUGUGUAUCAGGAGCGCACACCUCUCUACAUCAACUGCUCUGAGGUCACAAACAUCUACACUAAUGGGAGCUACCAGCUCGUGUACCAGAACUGUACACCCUGUUUCAUCCGCACAACACAGACUCAUAAGAGACAGAGGAGAGGAGCCAGACGAGAGAGACAACAGAUUUCUACAGAACAGACGGAGAGAGAGAGACAGACGUCUGGCAGUCAGAUGGAGAGAGAGAGACAGCUGUCGCUCAGUGCUGACUCUGAUGCAGCCAUCUAUGUGGAAGUGAUCUAAGCAUUUCUGCUACUCUUCUUAUUUUAUAUCCACUUCCCCUAACCACUCUGACAUGAACAUCACCUACAGCACACAGGUGUGCAUUUGGACAAGGGGACUCGACCAAGGGGACUUGACCAAGUGGAUAUGGGCAAAUGUUAAAAACAGGACUGGGGUGAUGUUAAACGUAUUUGUUAUUAAUGCUAUGAGUACUAAUCUACCACAAAACCCCGCCUCCACCCCAAUACUAACCCCGCCCUCACACCAACCCUACCCCAUUAUAAACCCCGCCCUCACACUAACCCCCUCCACACUAACUGUUUCACUAUCCAUCCACUAUUGAGUUAAUGUAAACACUUGAGUGUGGUUUAUUAAAAUUCAGUAAUAUGUAUAUUGAAUGUAUUUUUAUUUUUCUCUCUCGUGUGUAACGCGACUGUCACGCUGGUAAAGGGUGUAUCAGUGGAUUGGUGUAUCAUUGUCUCCUCACAGCCCUCUCCUGGGCUCAGGUUCAAUUCAUUUAAACUUUAUUGUGUUUGUUAUAAAUAACAAAGUAUAAAUAAGAAGGAGAUAUCAUAAGAACAUCAGCUUUCCCCUGUGCAUGAGUGGAGUUUCUUCUCGCCAUGGACUGGCUGCACUAAAUUCCCCCUGAGUGUGAUAGAGUGUUUGACAGUGUAUGUGAUAUAGUGUGUGACUUAUCCAGAGAUGGGGGUGGGUGGGGGUGCUGUUACACAAAGUUAUGAGACUGUCGUAUCUGUGAGCUGUAGAUUUACUACAACAACAAAAAAAAAAUGAAUAUCCAGUGUUGUGAGUCUUUCAUUUUUUCCCAGGUGUGUGUGUUUACUGGUAGUAGUAAUAAAAAUCUUAAAGUUAAAUCUGUUUUAAGGGCAUCAAGCUUUGCAAAGAUCUAUUUGUUGACCAUAGGUUUGCAUCAUUUGAGCAGCUUUCUGAAAAGUUUAACCUACCCAAUUCUCAUUUUUUCAGAUACCUGCGAGUAAGACACUUCAUUAGCUCUUCAAUACCAAAUGUCCCUGAAGCUCCUGAUGUAAAUAUUCUAGAUAAUCUCCUCCGUUUGUCCCCGUUGCGUAAAGGCCUAAUAUCCACUAUUUACGGUGGAUUGAUGGGUUUGAGUCACACCCCUUUAAGUAAAAUUAAAACUGCUUGGGAGAAAGAUUUAAAUUUGUCACUAUCAGAUGAUACUUGGAAUUCAAUUCUUAAACUGGUCAACUCAACUUCCUCAUGUGCCCGCCACUCUUUAUUACAGUUUAAGGUUGUACACAGGGCUUAUUUCUCUAAACUUAAACUUUACCGUUUCUACCCAGGCAUUGAUCCUUGCUGUGAUAAAUGUAAAAGUGGAGAGGCGUCUCUUAUUCAUAUGUACUGGACAUGCCCGAAUUUGGAAAAAUUCUGGAGGGAUGUUUUUAAAACCUUGUCGUACAUAUUGAAAUGCAACCUUGAACCAGACCCUCUGAUCGCUCUCUUUGGUGUCACUGGAGAGGAAGACAAGCGUCUAACUCCAGCUAAACAGCGUCUGUUAUCUUUUGCGACACUCCUGGCUAGGCGUUCUAUUUUACUCAAGUGGAAGGAUGCCACGUCACCCACUCACGCCCAGUGGCUCAGAGAUAUUAUGUCCGGUUUGUCCCUGGAGAAGAUUCACUACUCAAUCCGUUAUUCAGACUUGAAAUUUCAGCAGGUGUGGGGGCCUUUCCUUUACUUUUUUUCAUAUACAUUAAUAGUUUGAUUCCAUUCUUAUUUAAUUGUUUGUCUGUUUGGUUUUUUCCUUUUUUUUUGCAUGCAGAACUAAAACACUUCCAGCUCCAUAUGUAUAUGUGUAUGUGUAUACAUAUGUAUAUAUAUAUAUAUGUGUGUGUAUGUAUGUGUAUAUAUAUUUUUUUUCUUCUAUUUUUCUCCUGUUUUUUAGAUGCCUGGCGUCUAGCCUUUCUUAUACAUGUAAAGCUGGCUUGGAGUCAGGGA